UAUCAGAUAACUGAGUGGUGUAAUUGAUAAGGAGCAUAUUUAAAUUUAACAUAAAAUUGUUUAAUGUUUUGAUAGAAGUAGUGUAGGGCAGUUAUUAACAGCAAGAAAAAUUCUUUUAAGAUAUUUUUUUCUUUCUGAAUUUUAUGAAAGUAUCUUCAGAAAUCAGCGAGAACAUUAAAAAUACUUUGUUGUUAUGGCUAAAGCAUCGAAUAAGGUUUUAGUAGGUUUUGUUGAUGAGCCAAUUUCUGCUAACUCCCUUGAUGAUUCCUUUAUGACUAAUAAAAUCGGUGGAUUUCCAAAUAUACCAGAAGAAAGCAAUAUAUUGCCACAAUGUCCAUUGUGUGGUCUUAAUAUACCUUUAUUAGCUCAAAUAUAUGCUCCUCUUUCAAAUUCAGAUUAUCAUAGGACAUUGUAUAUUCAUGCAUGUGUUAAUCCUAGUUGUUGGAAUAAAUCAGAAAGUUGGAUAUGCUUAAGAAGACAAUGGAAAACAUUGGAUAACAAUGAAGAAAAUAGAAAAUCCUCAACAUUUAUCGAAUGGUGUGACGAUGCUGAUGAUUGGGGUGAGGCAUCCCUUGUGGAAGAAAAUGGAAAUUUAAGUAAAAGUUUAGCCGCUACUGAACUAUAUUCUACAUCAAGUGCAGAAAUAGAAAAUUCUGAUGUAGAUGAAAAUAUUUUAGUUGAAACAAUUCAAAUGCCAUCUGUUGAUAUUAUUCAACUUUUAGAUAGUAAAAAAGAAGUACCACAAAUAUCACACAGUAAAAAUAUACUCUUUAAGCCUUUUUAUAUUUCUGUGGCUUUUGAAGAAAUUCCAAAAAAAGAAUUAUUUGAUAAAAAUUUUAGUAAUUUUCAAAAUAACCAAAUUCUUGUUGAAGAUAAAAAUGAAAGUUAUGAAAAGAGUAUUCCAAUACAUGGUGAUAAACUUUUUGAAACAUUUGCAUCAACAAUAAGAAAAAAUCCUGGUCAAAUUUUAAGAUAUUGUCGAGAUGGAGGUAAACCCUUAUUCUUAUAUGAACAAGAAGAGCCUCUUAAAUGCUGUAACUGCCAAGGGAAAUUAAUAUUUGAACUUCAAAUUCUUCCUUCAUUAAUUACUUAUUUAAAAUUUGUGAACGGAGAAAACUUUCAUGGAAGUGGACACUUAGAAUAUGGAACUGCAUUAAUAUAUUCGUGCGAAAAAAGUUGUUGGGCAGAAAUGGAUACAUAUAAAAAAGAUACUGUUAUUGUUCAAGAAGAAAAAAUUUUUUAAGUUUUAUUAUUGUAUUGUUAUGAAUACUUAUGUACCAUUAAAAAUAUUACUAUUUAAAA